AUGCCACUAUUAGUUAGUGCUAAAACUUUAUUACUGAUCGAUGACUUUAUGUCUGCUGUAAAUUAUUGCAUAUAUGACUACCUGUUUGAUAUGCAGGACCCGCGGACCAAACAUUUGCCACUUAUUGAUUAUGGUCUGGGAAUUCCCAUAUUAUUUUUAACCUCCUAUUUCAUGUUAGUUAAAGUAUUUAUCCCACAAUACAUGGAGAAAAGGAAACCAUUUAAUUUAAGAUGGAUUUUACUCAUAUAUAACGCCGGUAUGUCUUUUGGCAAUCUGUUUGCGUUUAUUACAUGUUUGGAAUAUAUGGAUUACGGACGGGUAAUAUUUGAUGUCGACUAUCCCACAGAUAAGUCAUCCAACGAGGAAUCGCGAGUUAUGAUUAUAUUAGGUUUUUGUUAUUUAAUAUCAAAACUUCUCGAUUGGUUUGACAGUAUAUUCUUCUGUUUGCGCAAAAAAGACUCUCAUCUAACACUCCUUCAUAUGUAUCAUCAUAUGGUUGUCCCGUUAUUUGGUUGGCUUAUCAUUAAGAUUGCACCGUUCAUACCAGGACUUCGACUGUUUUCGCUAAUGAAUUCAUUCAUACAUUUUUUGAUGUAUGGCUACUAUUUUUUGUCUGCAUUUGGACCCAGAGUUAAAAGGUAUUUGUGGUGGAAACGGUACAUAACCCAAAUGCAACUGGCUCAAUUUAUCAUACUAGGCAUCUAUGGUUUUAUAUUUUUAUUUUUCCAGAGGGGUUACCCCGUAUUCUGGCUAUACGUGGCUUUCCCACAACCAAUAUUCUUCUUCUAUAUGUUCUAUGAUUUCUAUGUUAGAACUUAUGUCUAUAAUCAAAGUUAUACUAAUAAUAAUGACAUUAAUGUUAAUAAUGUUAAAAAGAUUGACUAA